CUUUGGUCUCUUCUCUCAACUGCAGCAAGUCUCUGUGAUAGCUUUCAAUCUUCUUCUUCUCUUCUUCUCGAUAUCGUGUCGAUGGCAUCGAACGCAGCGGUUCCGUUCUGGAGAGCGGCGGGGAUGACGUAUAUAACCUAUUCCAACAUCUGCGCGAAUCUGGUGAGGAAAUGUCUAAAGGAACCUUUCAAGGCUGAAUCAAUCAAUCGCGAGAAGGUUCACUUCUCCCUCUCCAAAUGGGCUGAUGGAAAGCCCCAGAAACCAGUUCUGCGCUCAGAUGCACCUGAAGUUUGAGACAUUUUGAUCAAAGAUAUAUGGUUUCUUAGUUUGAUGAUGUAUUGCUUCUCUGUAUGGAUGAGAUAGUAAAAGGAAUGCAAUAACGUCUCUCCGCAUAUUUUAUUUCCUUUAUUGUUUGUAAUGAAAGAUUGAUGAUACUCUCCCAUCAAAUAAUGAUAUAAACACGGGUACUUCUGUUUC